AUGAAGCUGUUUCAGUUUCUCGCAUUGGUGGCUUCAAUCUUCGCCUUCACACUGGCCAGCCCUGUGGCAGAUGAGGCCGAAACCCUUCAGUAUGAAUACAUCGUGGUUGGUAGCGGUGCUGGUGGUGGACCUUUGGCUUGUCGACUGGCAAUGGCUGGUCACACAACUCUCCUCAUUGAGUCUGGUAACGACCAGGCCGGAAACAUUAAUAUCUCGGUGCCAGCCUACCAAGGUGUUGUCACCAACGACCCGAAGAUUCGAUGGGAUAUGUUUGUCAAUCACUAUCAAAACCAAUCACGCGCCAUGCUAGAUCCAAAGUUCACUUGGGAGGUUUCACCAUUCGUGUAUCACGUUGGUCCAAACCCUCCCCCAGGUGCUACACCUCUUGGCAUCUUGUAUCCUCGAGCUGGUACCCUUGGCGGUUGUGUUACCCAUAAUGCUCUAAUCUGGAUUACACCACACGCUAGCGACUGGAAUAAUAUUGCAACCAUCACUGGCGACAGCACUUGGGAAGCUACGAACAUGGAUCAGUAUCUCGACAAGGUCUACGAAUGGCUCCCAGUCAAACCAGUAUCUCCAGCCAUCCUUCUUAAUGACUUGAAGCUCGUGCAACAUAUUGCAGGUGCUGCUGAGGUUAUGGGCGAGGGUCCUCCUUUAAUUGGGACAGCAGCCGCCCUCGCGGUAACUUUGACUGUUGAUCCUAACAGCAGAAUAAACCCCAAUCGCGACUCUACUGAAGGAUUAUUCCAAGUUCCACUCACCAUGAAGCUUGGCACCCGUACAUCUGUACGUGAUUUCAUCGACAAUACAGUCGCUUCUGGCUAUCCUCUUACGGUCAGACAAAACUGCCACGUCACAAAGAUCAACUUCGACACCAGCACUCCACCUAUCGCUACUGGUGUCAGCUUCUUGGAUGGUAACUCAUUGUUCCGUGCUAGCCCUCUCAGCGGUGGAACUGGUACUCCCGGAUCUGCUACAGUGACCAAGGAGGUCAUCAUCUCAGCAGGUACCUACAACACUCCUCAACUUCUAAAGUUGAGUGGCAUUGGUCCAGCUGCUGAGCUUGAGAGCUUUGGUAUCCCAGUCAUCAACAAUCUUCCUGGAAUUGGUACGAACAUGCAAGAUCGAUAUGAAAUCCCUGUGAACGUUGUCCAUGGCUCUGACUUCUCCAUUUUGAAUGGAUGCACCUUUGACGGAAAGCCGCAUGACACUUGCUUGACGACUUGGGAGAACAACCCACACGUUUUUGAUGCACGAGGCACAUACGAAUCCGACGGCAUCGCAGCCGCCAUGAUCCAGCGAUCCAACUACGCUGCAAAUACUGACGCUGAUUUGUUCAUCUUCGGUGGACCAGUUGACUUCACCGGAUAUUUCCCAGACUGGAAUGAUGCCAUUGUGUCGGAUCACAAGCACUUUACAUGGGGAACACUUAAGGCACACACUCGCAACACUGCUGGUACCGUGCAGCUACGUUCGGCAAAUGCUCUCGACCCAGCCGUCAUUAACUUCAAUUACUUUGACACCGGAACUACUGCUGGAGGUGCCGAUCAGCUCGACCUCGACGCUAUGGUUCAAGGACUUAAUCAGUCUCGAGCUGCGUACAAGGCAUACAACGACUACGCUAUCCUCGGUGGCGACUCAUUCGUGGAGACCGAACCUGGACCAUCGGUACAAAGUACUGCAGACAUCGAGAACUACAUCAAGGAACGAGCCUGGGGUCAUCAUGCCUCUUGCUCAUGUCCUAUUGGCGCUGACGAUAAUCCGAACGCAGUCCUUGACUCGCAGUUCAGAGUCCGUGGGGUCCAGAACUUGAGGGUUGUCGAUGCGAGUGUUUUCCCAGCCAUUCCGGGAGUCUUCAUUCAAUCACCCAUCAUGAUGGUCAGUGAGAAGGCUGCUGAUGUUAUCCUCAAUGGUUAA